AUAUUAUCAAUUUUGGAAUACCAUCAGAAAUUAAGUGAAGCCUUUACCUCCCGGAGAAGUAACGUCUGUCUCUUCCGUUAACCUGGUCAGACAUUCGUUUGUCUUCUGCUGGGCAUUCUUUAAAACGAGGUUAAAUGUUCAUUUGCUUGUCUAUGAACAUCCCGUCCGCGCAUACCAUACCACUACGGAGGAAUGUGGUACCACGCAGUCUUUCUUCGUCUUCCCACUUGGAUUACCAAUUGAUUACCAACGAAUUCAGACUUGAUUACCUACCCACUCUUACCUUACAUUUCACAUAACCACAAAUUUGCGACGAGUAGAUUAUAGACGAUUCGUAUUCAACGUGUUCGCGUAGAGCAUAUGUUAUAUCGACGGAAUGGUUUUACUCGAGAAUGAUGUGUUUCUAGUAGAGCUGACUCGACUAUUUGACAAGUCACGACUUUCAGGAUCUGUCGUUUUGACAAUGAAACGCUUCGACGGGCAUGACAAACCUGUACCUCGUAAAGGCAGACCUGCCUUACCAACUCCAACUGAAUUUUUGUGUUUGGUGCGGGCCUCUCUUCGCUCUAAGAAAAUUUCCACAGUUAUCCAUUCCAAGGAUGUGAACAAAUUCCAACAAGCAUAUUGGAGUCUUUUCAAGGCGAAUAUAAAUGGUCUCAGAAAGCUUAAGAAAACUAAAUCGGCAAAACCUAAGGCACAUUGACAGGUUUAGUCUAUUUUCAAUGUUAUCGUGAUAUGAGUCAUUUUCUACAGUGCUAUCAAAUCCACUUUUGUACAAUAUAUUAUGCGAUAUUCACGCCUCAUGUUUGAGCUGUGCAUGGAAAAAUGCAUGGUUAAUAAAGGCGUACAUCUUGAUUAA